AUGAAUGUGAUCCAUAUGAAAAUCAUAUUUUUCAAUAUUUUCGUGCGAUUGAUCGCUAUUGGAAUUUUUGGAAAUCAGAAUCAGUUGGACAUUCGUUCGGAAAUGCAGUAUCCAAGGAUCAAAGUGACAGGAUACAAUGUUCUGGAUCACGAUGGUAAACGGUACGAAGUGCUACGCGAUCUGAUUGUGCGCGAAUACGAUCGAUUACUGGUGAGAACGAAUUCGGACUACGAGGUCGACGAAAAUUUCAUGCGACGAUCCGACGGGACCGACAUGCUGUUCCGUUCGAAUGGCGAACUGAUCGUCCAUUUUACUGAUGGUACACGCAUUACGACUGGCUAUAAAAUCGAAGAAGAACCUUUGAUCUGUGAUUGGACAGUGGACGAGUUUCAACGUUACUUUGGAUCGAUCAAAUUAUACGAACACGGUGAUGAACUUUUUGAAGUAAACUCUCGUAGCAACAACAGCAAUAACAAGGACAACAGCAACGAACUUUGGCAGGAAGAACCUUUAAACGAGAAUGGUCGAUACGAAAAUGAAAUGACGAGGAUAUUGAUCGCAGACGGCUUUGUCUCGGUUCUAUUGACUUGCCUGUUCGAGCACAAGAACUACGCUAGUGUAUCCUACGAUCAGUCAGCAGUUAGUUGCACUCUAUCGAUGCCAGCCGAUCUUCGAGUCAGCAUAUCGCGAAGAGGUCAUUACGAAGUUUGGGCGCCUGGCGAAGUUAAUCUCAAGAUCGAAUCGGAUAAAUUGAUCUUCAGUAGCGAGAUGUGUGCCACCUGUGCCGGAAGGUCCACCUCCGUCUAUAACUUUUACAGGCGAUUCGAGCCAAUCGCUUCGACGAUCUUUACGAGCAGCGAUCUUUUCGGAAACGUUUUCGAGGUUAAAAGUGACGGGACGACGAGUUACCGUGGUAAAAGUCGCGAACGACCGUCACGGAAAUUCGAUUUCAACGAGAAUGGUCUGGAUGACGUAGAAACGUCGGAAGGAGAGUACGAAGAAUACGAAAAAGAGAAGGAAGAAGAGGAGGAGAAUGUAGAAAUGUCAGUGGGCCCGAGGAAACAUUACAACCAUAUGAGCGAUCAUGAAAAAUAUUGCCAAGAAUACGAAAUAUACUCAAAACAAGCCAAUCCACGAUACAGAAUAUUUUCAAUGAAUCGCGAUUUAACGGCUUAUGAGUAUCUUCAUCGAUCGGUCAGACAUCGAGAAAAGAUGAUCGUUGUUCUUAACAAGAAGGCAAGCGCCAUCGCCCAUCCGGUUUGCGUUCAUCGAUCGAACCUCUAUCGUCUGAUUACAUUUACGCCUCUGGAAACUGAACUUCGAUCAAAGGCAUUGUUACAAUCGUAUCGGAUUCCGAAAGUCAAACCGACGAACAGCGACAGAAGAGAUUUGCUACGUAGUACGUAUUCGAUUCCAUACGAUUGGCUCUUUCCAUUUGGCAGAAACGGCCAUGGAAUUUGCAGCGAUACAUACGACAUGCCGUUGGCCAAAACUAUUGAGAGACGCCCACCGAGAACUCUGCGGCUUCGUAUAUUGCAUGGUUUCAAAGAACCCGAUAGAAAUGCCAUAAUCGAUUUACAAAAAGCUAUGGCAUGCUAUUGGCGAUACUAUGUUCACUUGCAGUUGUUAGACAAUGUCGAUGAAUGUCGAAGGUAUCCCCCCGGUAAAGGGAGUGUUCUUUCCGAACUCGAAGACGAUUACAAAACUUGGAAAGAUAAUAUCAGAGACUUCGCUCUCGGUAUACGAACGAAUAUUGACGUUGCGACUUAUGUUGAUAGUUUGCAACGAUGUCAAAUAAAAGAAAGUCCUACGAAAGCUGAACACACGUCUAGUAGGUUGAAGGAUUUGAAGGAAUCGAAAAGAACAAACGAGAUCCAGCUCGAAUGGUAUAAACGUUGCUGGAGGGAUAAAAUUAUCCUACCAUACUUCAAGAACGUCGUUGGUAUGUGUUUCUUAUUGAUAAUUGAUUGUCUAGACCGAACAAUUUCAAUAAUAGAAGAAAAAGAAAAAGAAGAAGAUGCUAUUAUCCUGGAUAUGAUGGAAGCCUUCGAAAUACGACACUCUCAACGUUCCGAACAAAACUAA